AUCCAAUACAAAAAUAAAAACAUGGCAACUUCUGUCAGAAAUUAAGUAUUUAAUACUGAAAAAGAAUUUAAUUUUGUAAAAAGAAAAUGUUGUUGAAAUAUUUAGGGUCUAUUUUAUCUGCUCAAGAUCAAGAAAAUAGAAUAGCAGGACUUGCCUGGUCACCUAAUAAUUUAAAGUUAGCUGUCGCUUUAUCGGAUCGCUCCGUUUAUUUAUUCGACGACCAAGGUGUCAGGAGGGAUAAAUUUUCCACAAAACCCGCUGAUCCAAGGUUUGGAAAGAAAAGCUACCUUGUCAGGGGAAUCGUAUUUUCGCCAGACUCGACAAAAAUUGCAAUUGGUCAAACUGACAAUAUAGUUUAUGUUUAUAAAAUCGGAGAAGAAUGGGGAGAGAAAAAAGUGAUUUGCAACAAAUUCAAUCAAUCAUCGUCUGUGACUUGUCUCAUUUGGCCUUUGGAGGGUCCAGUUGUUGUUGGAUUAGCUGAUGGCAAAGUAAGAGCAGCUUUAGUGAAAGCUAAUAAAGCUCAAACUUUAUACGCUGCUGAUUCGAUGACCAUUGCAUUGGCUACAAACACAAGAGGAACGGGAUUUUUAUCAAGUCAUGCAGAUGGAAGUAUUAUAAGAUACUUUGUGUCCGAUGAUGGAAAUACAGAACCCGUUGGUCGUGUAUUGGUGCACAAUGUUCCUGCCUAUAGUUUGGCGUGGCCUCAAGGACAUAUUUUAGCCUCGGGCUCAGACAAGAGAAUCACAUUUUACGAUUCUCGUGGUAAAGUUGUAAAAUCAUUGGAUUACAGUCGUGAUCCAAGUGAAAAAGAAAUGACAGUUGCAUGUUGCAGUCCAAGUGGACAAAGUGUAGCUGUUGGUUCAUGGGAUAAAAUUCGAAUCAUCGAUUGGAGUCCUCGUCGUUCAAUUUGGGAGGAAACGAAUUGUCGUAAUUUACCCAAUUUUUAUACAGUCACAGCACUAGCUUGGCGACGUGAUGGCUCUCGUCUUGUAAUUGGUGGCCUUUGCGGUGCUGUUGAACAAUUCGAAACAAUCCUACGACGUUCAAUAAUUCGUGGCAGUCAUGAAGUUUCUUACGUUGGUCCAAGUCAAGUUGUUGUUCGUCGGCUGGACAAUAAAACUGCAGCAGUGAUCAUCAGAUCACAGACGGGAAACGAAAUAGAAGAUGUUAAAGUAAUGGGUCGUAGGGAUAAUCACAUUGUUGCAAGGACAUCAGUUUCACUAUUGGUCUGUGAUAUUAAUUCAGGUCUAAUGAGUGAAAUACCAUGGAAUCAUAAAAGUAACAAGGAAAAAUUUUUCUUUGAAUACGCAAAUGUUUGUUUGGUAUUUUUGAAUGGUGAAUUGAGUAUCAUUGAAUAUGGAAAGAACGAGAUUUUGGGCUCUGUACGAACUGAAGCAUUCAAUCCUCGAGUGGUAAGCGUUCGUGUCAACGAGAGAAUGAUUCUUGGAAUGCCAGUUAAUAAUAGAUUGGCCUAUCUAUUGGAUUCAAAAACAAUUCGAGUGGUGGAUCUCUCAACAGGAACAACGCUUAAUAUAAUUAAUCAUGAUACACGUGUCGAUUGGUUAGAAUUAAGUGAAACUGGUCAUAAAAUUCUUUCACGUGACAAACGUGGAAGACUUUGGCUAUGUAAUGAUCAAGGUGGGAGAGAUCUUCUUCUAACAGGAACUAGUUUUGCAUCUUGGAUACCUGAAAGCGACGUGGUGGUGGCUCAAUCAGGUCAAACAUUGGCAAUUUGGUACAAUGUCGAUGCACCGGAGGCAGCAACACUACUUUCAAUUCGCGGCGAAGCAACGGAAAUAAUUCGUGAAAAUGGUCAAACUUCCGUACAAGUGGAAGAAUUGGGAGUAAAAACUUCCUAUUUAUUAGACGAAGGUUUAAUCGAAUUUGGCACAGCACUUCACGAUAAUGAUUUUGGAAGAGUUGUUUUAUUUCUCGAAGAAUUUGGUGAUCGACCACAAGCCGAGGCAAUGUGGGAAAAUGUUGCAAGAAAUGCAAUGAGUUCGCGAAAUUUUCUCAUAGCGGCGAGAUGUUACGCGGCACUUGGCGAUGUUGCUCGUUCACGAUUUCUUCAAGAAGUUAUGAAGAUAGGUGAGGAUUAUGCAGAGGAAACAGGUAAUGAGGUACUAGCAAGUCCCGAUUGUUGGGCAAGAUUGGCAAUUCUUAAUGGGGAAUUAAAAACCGCUGAAGCUAUUUAUCUUGAACAAAAUGAAUUGGAAAAAGCACUCGAAAUGUAUCAGAAAUAUUGGCAUUGGGAGGAUGCUUUACAGUUGGCUCAAAAUCGCGGUUGGGAUGGAGUUGCUGAAUUGAGAGAUAAACAUUUGUCAUGGUUACUUGACAGUGGACAAACGGCAAAGGCUGCGGGUAUAAUUGAAUCGAAUAAUCCAAGAAGAGCAAUAAAAUUGUACCUGGAAGCUCAUCGACCUGGACGUGCUGCAAGAUUGAUACUUGCAAAUGAAGAUCUACUAAAUGAUAAUUCCUUGGUUAAUGAGAUUAUCAAGGCACUCAAGUCGACUUAUCUCAUGGAAUUGGCGGGCGAAAUUUUCGAGAAGACAAACGAUUAUCCAGCGGCGAUUAAGGCUUACGCUCAGGCUGGUGUUUUUUCACGAGCUCUCGAUCUUGCGCGACAGGCUGAGCCAAAUUCUGUUGUGAGUCUUGAAAAAGAAUGGGGACAUCAUUUGGUCGAAACUGGUCACUAUGAUGCGGCAAUUAAUCAUUUCAUCGAGGCCGGUGAGACGUCUCUUGCUCUGAAUGCUGCUGUCAAUGCUCAUCAGUGGCGGAAAGCUCUGCAAAUCAUUCAGGUAAUUGAAAACGAUGAUCCGGAAAUAAGGAAACAGUGUGAGAAACUUGGCGAGUAUUUUGCGUCAGUGGGUGAAAAAAAUUUGGCGGAAAAUCUAUUUCUCCGGAGUGGAAAACCACAUCGAGCAGUGGAGACACACAUAAAAGCGGGCGAUUGGGCUCGAGCACAGGAAGUUGCAUUGGGUCAAAUGAAUUCCACGGAGGCAAAUGAAAUACUCGCGAGUCAUGCACAAGCACUGCAGGCAUCGGGUGAUCUUCGACAUGCCGAGGCAUUAUAUGUUGCGACAGGUGAUCAUGAUUCGGCAAUUGCAAUGUAUAGAAAAGCUGGACAUCGAGCCGAUAUGAUUCGUCUUGUUGCUAAGCAUAGAUCGGAUUUAUUACAAACGACUCAUGGACAUCUCGCUCGAGAAUUAGAGGCAGCGGGAAAAAUUCGCGAAGCCGAGGAACAUUUCUUGGGUGCUGGCGAUUGGAAAGGUGCUGUGACAGCCUAUAGAACGGCAAAUAUGUGGGAGGAUGCAUUAAGAGUGGCAAAACGUGCCUCGAGUGAAAAGGCUGCUCAACAGGUUGCACUCAUGUGGGCACGAACGUUAGCACCGGAACUGGGAGCAAAAUUACUCGGUAGAUUAAAUUACAUGGAUUCGUGUUUACAACUUGCGUGUGAAGCUAGUCUAUUUGAAUGGGCAUUGGAUGUUGUCAAGUACGGAACAGUGGAACAACAGCAAGAGGUUCAUUAUCGUUAUGCAAUGUAUUUGGAGGACGAAGGACAAUUUGCCGAGGCAGAAAAGGAAUUUAUUCGUGCUAAUAAAGCACUAGAGGCGGUACAAAUGUAUAUUCAUACACAAGAUUGGGAAGCUGCGGAGGAGGUCGCCAAAAAUCAUAGUCAAGAAGCUUUGUCCCAAGUUCUCGUUGCCCGAGCUGCAGAGGCUGUUAAAAAUCAGGAUUACAGUACUGCUGAAGCUCUUCUUCUAAGAGCGCAUAAGCCAGAAGUGAUCAUCGAUCACUACAAGAAUGGAGGAAUGUGGUCAGAGGCAAUGAGAGUCUGUCGUGAAUACUUACCAAGUCAAGAAGCGGCACUAAGACGAGAAUUGGGACAAAAAACCUCGCAAAUUGAUGGUGGAAAUAAUCUCGAAGAAGCUCGUCGAUGGCUCGAAGUUGGUGAAAUUCGCGCUGCACUCGAUAUUCUUCUAUUUGAUCCACAAGCGUCAAGACCCGCUCUCAUUCAAGCGGCAGAUAUUCUUCUUCAUCAGGCAGAACCGGACGUUGUUGCUCAUAUUGGCGGCGAUUUAGGAACACGUUUAUUCGCCGUCGGCGAAUAUGCUCUUGCUGCUCAGGUAUUUCUUCAAGCCGAUAGAUUGAGAGAUGCAAUAAAUUCAUUGGCAGCUAUUAAUGAAUGGGAACGAGCAAAAAGAGUCGUUCAAGAACUUGCGCCCGAUUUGGAAUAUUAUUUAGAGGAAAAAUACAAAGAGGCAAUGAUUAGAGAAGAUCAAAUGGACAAAUUGGCUGAAGUUGAUGCCGAAGCCGCUUUGGAAAUUCUCGUUCGUAAAGGUCAAUGGUCCCAGGUAUUUGAAGCGGCAAGUGCAAAAAGUUCUACACUUUUACAUAAAUAUGUUGCUCUUCGAGCUGCACAAUUACUCAAAUCAGAUUCGCCAAUUCAAUCGUUACAAUUAUACGUUCAAUAUGGAACGCCGCCAAUUCCGCAAAAUUACAAUCUCUAUUAUCAUCUGGCUGAAACAAUUCUCAAUUCCGAAGAAACACACAACGAGUAUCGUUAUCUAUCGCAGCUACGCGAUAUUCUUAUGAAAUUGAUCAAAAAUAUUGAAUCAUCGGAACAUGUGGAAAAAUUCGAAAGAUUUUUUCGUGCUGCACAUUAUUCGAGUUUCCGUUGUGCUGUGAGAUCGUUUCCUCCUCUGUCUGGACUCACGGUGAAAGCAUCAAUCGUUCUUUUACGAUAUUCCGAUAUGUUAUUGGCUGAUCGUUGUUACUAUGAAGCCGGCAUUGAUGCGAGAUCAGCAGGAUUGAGUAGUGAGGCUUUUAUCUUCUUGAAUCAUUUCCUCGAUUUGGAGGAAUGCAUCGAAGAAGGCGAUGGAAGUAUUUUGGAUGUUGAUGACUUGAGGGUGACUGAUUUUCCUCUCGAGGUUCCACUACCCUCGCGAUUGAGUUUGUCAAAAGAUGAACGAGAAGAGGUACGCGAAUGGGUAUUAACAGUAUCGGUGGAUCAAAAAGUAGAACAAGGAUUGCCGACCGAUCAUCGUGGAACCUAUAUCGGAUCAUUAAUCAAUUCCACUGAUAAUUCGAAUCCACUUCAGGAGUGUGCACUCACUGGUUAUCCAAUUCGUGGACCGGUUGUUCGAUUCGAAGGCACUAGUCGCGUUGCUGAUCGGGAAGAUUGGAAUAAACUGGUCAGUGCUGCUCGACAGGCACCACCCGAUUCUAAUCUCAACGAUAUUCUCGUUUUCAUACAAGAAUGGUGUGGCGCAAUUCCUAAUUAUUCCUUUUAAUUUUAACUUCAGUUUGAAAUUUGCCUGAAAUAGUAAAAAAUAAAGAAUUAUUUUUUACAAAUAUAGAAUUAAAUUCAAAUAUAAAUUCAAAUAUAAAUAUAACAAAUAAAUAAAAAAUUUGAAUUAUAUUUAUAAAUAAAUUUAUAUUCUAUAAAUAUACUGUAUAAUAUUGUAAUUGUAAAUAAAAAUUGAUUGAAUCAA